GGGUGGCCGCCGCCGCCGCCUCCUGAGUGAUCGAUGCAGGUCUCAGGGUUUCAGGCUGGAUACCCCAGCUACUGUUCCCUGACCCCUGUCGUACUCUCACAUCGUGUUACAAGAUAUAUUUUUGUUUCAUAAUGAAUGAAUCCUCAGCUACAGCCCGCCUGGCUUGGGCCGCGGCGAAUAGAAGGAUGGAAUCUCCACUUGUUAAUGAUUAUAAGAAGCCAUUCAUCAUACGGCGACUCAUUGAGACUUUCUUUGGUGGGCUAAGACUGUUUGCCUCGGAAGGUGUUCCUGUUUACGUGUAUGUCCUCCAAAUCCUUACCUUUUCUGUGAUUCCCAUAUUCACUACAUUAUUUGUGCUACUGGAGCACAAUGGGAUGAUAAGCUUAAUUCAGGCAGUGAUUAUCAAUGGUGUAUUGGGUGGCUUGUAUUCUUUGGCUCUGCAGCUCCUUGCCCACUUUCUCCGCAACCAAAACUCAAAAUCGGGAGGAGUUGAACAGGUGAACCUUGCUACAGAUGAGGAGAUAAUUGAAUUUGAUUCACCAUUUGGGCCAAAGACAUGGGCAUUCCUCAUCACAGAGAAGAAAGUGAAGGGCGCUGUCAUCAUCCACUCCCUCAUUGCUGGUCUUGUUGGUGCUGGUGUGGUAUAUUAUGUAAGACCAUCUACUACAUAUGACUUUAAUGUGCCGUGGGAAGUAUCUGUGAGUUUUACUAUUUUGAGCAUCUUGACUUUGAGUGUAGGUAUUUGGCCUCUGAUUGGAGGCAGCCCACCAGAGCCUGCUACCUUUCAUCCCCUCUCCUGGGAUAUCCCUGCUUUCUCUCGACCUUCUCACAUGUUGACUUGUGUCCUGAUACAUCUACUUUCAAGGUAUCAUCCAGAAAUGUCCUGGCUGUUGGCAUUGGAUGCAUUGUUUCACAUUGUGUUUGCUACAUGCUCACUACUCUGGCUCUUUGGAAUACUGCCACCUAUUGAUGCAUACAUCUUAUGGCUAAUGGAGCAGUGGUUAGUUGUUGGUCUUGGUGGAUCUCCAAUGUCCUCCAGUCUGCGACUAGUAGGCCAAGCAUUUUUUGGAACACUGACACUUAUUAUGUCAUCUGCAUUGCCAUCUUUUGUUUCUUUGAUGGUGUUUGCAUCUGUGCGAGGCAUUAUUCUAAGUGUUGACAUAGCAUGGAUGAUUUCAUCUUUGCUGCCUCACAGGGUCAGACUACUAACAGGGUUUUCUGGCAAGUAUCAAGAAACUCACCCUGUGCAAGAUAAGCCUUCCUUGCGUCGGACCACUUGUCAACGUGAACUGGCCUUAUUUGUGCCAAUGGUGAUUACAGUAGCUGCUUUGAGUUUUGGUUCACAGUUACCACAUAGUAGCUGGUAUGAGCUAGCUAUUAAUAUGACCAAGGAAGAGAAUACUACUAUGCCACUACGGCCAGCACUUUUUCAGGAACCUGCACAAAAUGCUGUGGGAAUAUGUCUUCUCGCCAUUACUGCAGUAAUGCUUGUCAUAAAUGAAGUGCAGAAGGUGUACAUAAUGGGCAUUUUAAGAAAUCCUUUCUUUGUUUAUCACAAAACAUUUCAAAACAGCAAUUUUUUAUAUAUUUAUUCCCAACUGCUUCAAGUAGGUAAGUGCACUUUGAGCUCUUUGGUAUUACUGCACACUCUAAUGGAAUGCCAGGCAUACCUUGGGGGUGGCGCGGCAGCGGGUGGACCACGCCACGGUUUUUUACAUUAUUAUUUUUUUCUUUCUUUUUCACAGAUAUGGCAGUUUCCUCAGGCAUCAUUCUUACAGCUCUCUGUGUAUUAUGUAGUCGAGUUAAUCCGACGGGAAGCUAAUCUAUCUCUGGAGUUUUGGGAGUCUUUAUCACCUGCCACACGAAUAUUUCUUAUAAGUCUUGCCCACCUGUGGGGUUUGAGGAUGAUUCGAAGGCUGACAAGUAUUAUGCUCUUUAUGAUAACACCAUUUACAAACAAGAAGCAGCAUAAUUCCAUCAGUUUUUUGCUUCUAGGGUUCAACAUUGGCAUAUCACCUAUUCUUCUUGGGCUUGUGGUACUGUCAACAGUUAUUUCAGCUCCUCUCCUCCCAGUCUUCACGCUUCCCAUCUUUUUACUGGGAUUCCCGCGUCCUCUGAGGUUCUGGUCAUAUCCUGUAGGCCGGUCCUCCAACUCAUGCGAUGACUCUGUGUAUUAUGAGCAAUUGACUCCUCACGUUAUAUUUGCUCUGCACAAUUUGUUGCAAUGUGGAUCAUUAGGAAUGACCGAGCCUGGAGAGCAUUUUCUCCUACGCUGGGAGGACAGGUUCAUGUGGGUCCAGAUUUUGGAGUGUGGAUUUACCUACCAAUACUAUAGUGUGAAGGGCCUUGAGCUGCAGGAAACAAGUUGCCACACAGCUGAAGCUUCAAGAGUUGAUGCCAACUUUAGCAGAGCAUUUGAUGAUGACAAAGUUGCCAAAAAAGGGAUCUUAUCAUUAGUGUUUAACCCACAUGCUUUUCAUACACUGACUCCCCUCACUCACUUUACUGUUAUGGGAUAUUCAGACACAAGAAAUGUUCUAACAGGGGUAAUAGAUUCCCCAGAUACACGCAAUCUUGUUAGGGACUAUUUUCAUAAGGCUUUCUUAUAUGUAAUAAUGAAUUAUAUAUUAAAUAGAUCUGUCAAAGAUUCAGGUGUAAGUGCUGAAGCAGAAUCUAGAAAAACUCUCAAAAGUGCCUCUAAAAGUGCAAGUCAGGAGCACUUAAGAAAAUUGCCGAAAGUACACAAAAGAACAGAAUAUGAUUUCGAAGAAGGAAUUCCUCGAAACAGGACUGAGAUUGAUCUCCAAGGAAGGGAACACAGAUUCUCAGUUGGCCGGCGUAUUUCUGUUUCUCAACAGUCUCAGAGUCAGAGUGGAAGAGGAAGCCGGGUAGCUUGGGUUAAUGACCAAAUACAGAAUGAUCCUAUUCCAAUUGUUCGCACUGGAGAUACACCUCCUACUUCCAUUUGGGAUGAUGAAGAUAAUUCACUAAAUGAAAGUGAUGAAGAGGCCUUAAACAUCAAGAAUAAGAAUGAAGAACCUCCUCCUCCUCCUCCCUCUCCUCCUCCAUUACGUUCAAGAGCUGUAGACUCUCUGUCCUCUCUGGAUGAUUUAACAGAGAUGGACAAAACAGUUAAUUUCAUCCCAGGCCUCAUGUAUGACUCGUCUGAUGAUGAUGAAAAGAUUACUGUGAAAAAAAAGGUCACUAACCAUAAAACAUCAGCAAAAGUGAAUCUGAGGAUGAUAGCUCAACCUGAAAUACGUUCACCAAUUUAUGAAAGUCCUAUUAGUGCUGCUUUGGCUCCUUUACCUAGUUGGAUAGUAGAGCUUCCAUUUGAUGAGGAAGUAAUAGAUGAAGUUCAAGAUACAUUUCCACAUGCAUGGUUCAAAUUUCUGCUCAAUACUUUUGGACAUUUAUAUGUAGAGACCUUAGAUGAACAAAACUCUACUCCAAGUGGCAAAACUUCCAGCACCUCAAAAAAUUCAGACUCUUCUAGUGGUAAACCUGCAGGAGACAAAGAAGCUUAUAUCCAACGAAUGCAGUAUGAUGAAACCUUGGAAGAGUCUUACAGGCUCCUUAUUGGUACAUGUCACUUGAUUGUCCUGGGAACAGAUGGUGGAGCCCCAUCAACUGCUCAAGUUUACAAGACCUUCAUUGGAGAGCUGUCUUGGUCUAUGGCUCUAGAAUGGCUUGCUAGCAAGCACAUUUUAUAUGAAUUAGUACUAAUAGCAUACAGAAUUGGUGUGAAACUUGCACUUGAUCAUACACUAAUUGGAGGAAUGACUGGGUGGGCAGAGCUUCUUGCAACUAUGGAAGAUUAUACACAAAACUGGUACCUUGGGCCUGAUGCCAGAAGUGAUUCUAACACAUACCCAAACUCAACUCUAUCUCCAAAUACUCAUAGAAGAAGAGUUUUGCAAUGCAUAGAAAAUCAAUGGCCUCAGUCAUGGGUGGAUGCAGUGAGGAUGGAGACAUCAAAUCUCUUUUCUCUAGGUUACAAUGCUGUUAAGGGCGUGUAUACAUCACAUCUUCUGACCCUUGGGGAGGCAGAUAUAGCUGUUGGAUGUCUGGGCAGUGAGACAGUGAGAGGUCUGUGGGCCUCUCUAGUUGCAGAAUUGCUCUACUUAACCAAUGAUGAUGAUGAACGGUACUCCAUACAGGCUCAGCCAGGCCUUUUACGUAAUCUUACUAUUCAGGCUGCAGAUCCUCCUCUGGGGUAUCCAAUAUUUUCCAGUCCACCUCUGCGCUUGGCUGUUGCUUGGCUCAAUGCUACUUAUGAAGAAGUGCAUGCAUCUGAACAAGAAAGAAAGAUUCACUAGUAGAAUAUUAACACACUUGUGUUACAAUGAUGCUGUACUGCAUCAUCUACUUUUUCCUUCCUGAUCAAAUAUUGCAAUUCUGCAAUAUCCAAUCUUAAAUUUGUACAAAUGUUUUAUCUAACCAUUAUUACUGCAUCAUAUUGAUGCAGAAUAAUUAAAAUACCUUACAUUGGCUAUUAGUUUUUUUUUUUUUUGCAGAAUAUAUAUUCAUGUCCAUUCAUUUCUGUACAUUUUGAUAACCAAAUCAAUGUUCUAAGCCAAUAAAUAGCUUCACUAAUUGAAAAUGAGUCCUGUAUUGUAUAAAAGUUUUCAUAUUGUAUUUUCUACAGUCAAUGGCUCUUCACACAAAUCAUGCUUCACCUUUAAAAUUAGCUGGAUAAACAUUAUUCAAGUGAUUUUUUUCCUUCCUACUACAGUGAUAUUGGAUCAGUCAUUUGAGUACAUAUUGUAUAUAUAUAUAUAAAAGUGUGACCAUAAAUAGCUUCACUCUGUAGGAGUUUAUAAACAUUAAAAUCGGUGGUGCCUUGCAAACCCAAUAUUGGCAAUAUAGCACUGUAUAUUUUUUCCUAGGAUGGCUUCAGUAGCUUCCCAGUGCUGAAGGCACUAAGACUUCCACAUGCUUGUGCAGUACUUCUGCAGCCUACCAAAAACCAAGCUCAGAAUCUUGUUUAUUCAUUGGGCCAAGUUAGUGGGCCAGCCAGAGGCUUAGGGCCCAUGCAGAAAUAUCCCUACAUUAAAAAAACAAAACAAAACAAAAAAAAUUGGGCCAUGGUUUUUUGGGUUGCACCCAAAACAGCCUUAUUUUGUACUCUCGAUUUUGUCCAACUCAGAGGUAGUCAUUAAACUAAGUGAUGUACACAAUCAAUCAUUCAUUCCAUGUCUAUGAUACACUGAAGGAUAAUGACUGUGUACAAAACUUAAACGUAAGUGAACCGUAAUGGAGUUAUAAGAUUAUAUUUUUUCAAGUGGUCAAAUUUGCAUUCGACUUACAGACAACGAUUGUGCCUUUGGGACACCAGGAAAUAAAAUAAGAUUGUUCCAGGAUCUAUUAUGAUACUCCAUGGCUUUUUGUGUUCUAGACACAGGAGUCUCAAAUAUAGAUUUAAGUUGCAAUGAGUACAAAUUUUUAUUAACAUUGCGUGUAAUAUGUAUAUGUACAUUUGUUGAUACUUUUCCAGUGAAUUUUGUUCUAUUUUUGAAAGGGUAUUGUGUAGAUACAUUUAUUUUUAACAGUUCUGUGAUAGUGAAAUAAUUGUGAUAUAAUCCUGAGUCAUAUAAAAUAUGGUUUAUAAUUAUUAGAAGUUUGAAUUAAGUACUUUGCAGUCGAGUACUGUACAUGUGUUAUAUUUAUAAAAAAAAUUUGCUUACGUUUAUAUUUAUUUAAACAAUAAAUCACCCAUGCCUAAGAAAAUAAAAAGAAUUAUGUAAGAAUUAUACUCAAGCAAUACAUAGUUGGGUAUGUUUUUUCAUUUAAUGAUCAUUUUCAUUGAUCAUAUAUUACUGGUGUUGUAUUUAUCAUCAUUUUCAUUAAUCAUACAUUACUGGUGUAUUUAUUUUCAUUAAUCAUACAUUACUGGUAUUGUAUUUAUUAUCAUUUUCAUUAAUCAUGCAUUACUGGUGUUGUAUUUAUCAUUUUCGUUAAUCAUACAUUACUGGUGUUGUAUUUAUUAUCAUUUUGAUUGAUUGUAUAUAAAUUUAUUUAUUAUAAUUUAUCAUUGUCACAAAUUACUUAAAUAAAAAAAUAAAGUUAAACAAGUUUGUAGGUGUGAAUAACCAUAAAUGCACCAUUUCCGUGAUUCUGUAUUUUGCUCAUUUAAACGUAAAGUACUUUAUUUUAUGUAUUUUCCUGCCCAGUGGGAAACUGAAAGAAUGUU